UGUUUACCAAGGGAAUACAGCGAGUAUUCGAAAUUGUUUCAAUUUUCAAAACUUGCAUUCCGUUCUCUCAAAAUCCACAACCAUCUCUUUCCUUUUUUCCUCCUAAUCACAUCGUCCAAUUUUUAACAAGCAAAUGACACAAAAGGGUUCACCGGCGGAUUUCUUGGCCACAGCAGUGGAAGCUGCUAAGCGAGCUGGAGAGAUUAUUCGAUCUGGAUUUUACGGGUCGAAGCAGGUGGAGCACAAAGGCGAGGUGGAUCUGGUGACGGAGACGGAUAAGAAAUGUGAAGAAUUCAUAUUCAAUUUUCUCAAAGAACAAUACCCGAACCAUAAGUUCAUUGGUGAAGAAACUGCUGCUGCUGGUGGCAUUGUAGAAUUGACUGAUGAACCAACUUGGAUUGUUGAUCCUGUGGAUGGAACUACUAAUUUCGUUCACGGGUAUCCAUUUGUGUGUGUAUCUAUUGGAUUGACAAUUGGACGGAUUGCAACAGUCGGUGUUGUCUAUAAUCCAAUUAUGGAUGAGCUUUUUACCGCAAUUCGUGGCAAAGGUGCUUUUCUCAAUGGGAAAUCCAUCAGAGUAUCCUCUCAAGACGAGCUCGUAAAAUCCCUUCUUGCCGCAGAGGUCAUUGCAUCGCAUGAGAAAUCCAUUGUGGAUGACUCUACUAAUAGGAUCAAUAGCUUACUCUUCAAGGUUAGGUCACUUCGGAUGAGUGGUUCUUGUGCUUUAGAUCUUUGUGGGAUUGCAUGUGGGAGGCUUGAUUUGUUCUACUUAGUUGGGUUUGGAGGCCCAUGGGACGUGGCUGCUGGUGCUGUUAUUGUAAGUGAAGCUGGAGGGCUCGUCUUUGAUCCCUCAGGUAAGGAUUUUGACAUCACAGCUCAGCGGGUAGCCGCUUCAAAUCCUCUUCUGAAGGAUGCAUUCGUUGGGGCGCUGCACCAGUCGGAAUGAGGGAAUUUUCAGUGAUAUCUAUGACAGGUUAGUUAAGUUUCUCUUCAGCACUUUGAUGGCCGCAACGCUUCCUUUUGUUGACAAUAAAAACUGUAUGAUGGUAUUUUCUUGUUGGCUCUAGGCAUGAUGACCAGAUUCUUGUUUUGGGUUUCGCUGCCUAUUAUCAAAUAUACGAAGGAUUCUUGGUUCAAUAUAACCAAUUGGUCACUCGUUUGUAUCACAACGCCUUUUUUAUCACUUCACUUAAAGUGGGUAUUUUCUACCUAUUUUUAUAUAAGUGGGUAUUUCUCACAUAUGUUUUAUCAAAGUGGAUAAUUUUACCCAUUAACACUAAUAAUAAAGCAAGUAGCGUUUGUUGUUCGGAACGCCCAAA